GGGCUAAGGCUCGUCCUGAGCCAAUCAGCGGGAGGAGAUGAUGCAGAGGGCGGAGCGGGAGAACCACGCGUCCUUCAAUAAAUGAAAGAAAAGCUGUGCAGCCCCCCGAAGCGUGCAUCUCUGAACACUGAAACUACACACAGGAACGGGCAUCAUGUCUGACAAGAAGGCGGUGAUCAAGAAUGCAGACAUGUCUGAUGAAAUGCAGCAGGAUGCUGUAGACUGUGCCAUGCAGGCAAUGGAGAAGUACAACAUAGAGAAGGAUAUCGCUGCCUAUGUUAAAAAGGAGUUUGACAAGAAAUACAAUCCGACAUGGCACUGCAUCGUUGGCAGGAACUUUGGCAGCUAUGUGACACACGAAACUAAACAUUUCAUUUACUUCUACUUGGGUCAGGUGGCUAUCCUGCUGUUUAAGUCCGGCUAAGGCAUACACCCUUGUCACAAUGUGCAUGCUGCCACCUUUCUGCAGACAUGCCUACCUCCUGGGCCGCUGCUUUCAUCAAUUACUUUUUGCCAACUGCAACACAAUCCAUCGAUCAGUGCUUUAAUCAUGUCUGCACAGAUGAUUCAUAGGAAGUCCAAGAAUUAGGAUCCGUCUGAUCAGGCCCUCGGUCAGCGUUUGUACAUCUGUCUUCGUUAUAUCUGUGUUUUUGCUUUUGUGCAAGUUGGUUAUGGAGUCGACGUAGAGUCCCAUUAUUUCAAACGAUUUUGCUGUAAAAUAACUUAUUUUUAGUGCAUUAAAAUGAGCAGCAGAGUUUUUGUUCAAAUGCCUUUAAUUUCCAGGACUAAAAAUGUCAGGACUGUUGCUUGAACCUAAUAAAAGCUGUGAUAUGUGGAGGUUUGAACGUGCUUUAACAUUCCUGAUUAUGCCUGUGAAAACUUGCAGCGAUCCUGUUCUGUAUAUCUGUAAACUCAUUUGGUUGCCUGGUAUUGUGACGGUAUUUGUUGACAAAUCAAAUGUUGAGCACAAACCAAUUUUGACAAUUAAAUAGUUCAAAUAA